GAUGCGCUUGGUGCUCUUGUAGCGAGCCAUUCGCAGACCUUUAUUCUGGCCAAGGAGCUUCUUCAGCGUGCUGAUGCCGUCGGGCAACAACUACUCAACCUGGCAGCCGAAACAGAAGCCUUGCUUCCUUCAGACUCUGACGCAAACACCUUAGAUUGGAAUGUCCAUGAUGAUUCAGAAAGUAGCAUGUGUGUCUAUGUGAUGUCACAUAUUUAG